CGCGAAUAAUUCAAUUGCGACAACAUCGCGCAAGAUGGCAAAGUCAAAGCUCAAAGAUUUGGACCCGGAAGCACUUCUCGACCCGAACCCAAGUUCUAGCGACGAAGAAGGCUCCGCAUUUUCCGACUCCGAACAGGAAGAAGACGCAAACGCAGGUCGCGAGCACUACCAGGAUGUUGGCAAAAGUAAACUCAGGAAGAAGGAAGUUGUGCCUUUAGGACCGCAAUAUACUGGAUCGCGAGUCACUCGGGACGAGAUCGAGGACGAGGAUAGCGAUGAUCCAUUUGCUAGAAGCUAUGGUAUCGAGGAUGGAGAAGAAGAUGAUGAUGAGGAUAGUGAGGAUGACAGCAUUGGAGGAGUUGCUCUCAAUGGUCAUGGAGCCGCCGAAAGUAGCGAGGGAGAGGACAAUGAGGAAGAAGAGGGUUCUUUUGACGACGAAGGGGGCAUGGAGGGAAUCGAGGACGAAGAUGACGGUGAAUCUGGAUCCGAAGAAGACGAUGGAGAUGAAGAGGAGGAGGAGGAUGAAGACGAGACUGCUGAUAUCUCGGAUAAAAUUCGAUCCAUGAUGACUGACACCACAGCCAUGAGUUCUGCAAUCUCGCAAGCUGCGAAGGCAGAUGCGGAGAAAGGCCGAGCGAUAAAGACACAACGGAAGACGUACGAUUCGCUGCUCAACACACGCAUCAAGCUCCAGGGCGGCUUGAUUGCUACAAAUUCUAUGAAUGCGGACACGAACGCCGAUGCCAUUGCGCCCCAAGAUGCAAUUGAAGCGGCAGAGGCGGCAGCCUUGACACUCUUAAACCAUUUAACGGCUCUGCGCGAGAGUUUAGACUCGUCUAAAGCCGGACAAAAACGAAAACGAGCAGUUUUCACAUCGAGCACGUCAGACGCAGAAAUUUGGUCAGCUAUCACGCAGACAGAAUCCAGUGCCGUCCCUCACCGAAAUACAAUUCUCGACAAGUGGUCGACCAAAACGAGAGGAGCAACGAUUACCACUGGAAAACUUACAGGUGGUGUAGCGCAGACCAUCACGGACGUCCUCGGGAACCAGCUGCGUGAUACAGGUCGCUUGGUCGAACGCACCCAGGUUCCUCGUUCUUGUGCGCCCAUACAAGCAGCUGCCAGUGUAGAGUCAUCGCCGGCGAUCUACGAUGACGCAGACUUUUAUUCUCUGCUCCUAAAAGAGCUCCUUGAAAAUCGUUCAGCUGAGCUCAACGCUAAGGGAGUUGGCGAGUUUGUUGUAUCACAACCCUACGAGCUCAUGCGCCAAGCAAAAACGAAGAAAGUUGUCGACACGAAAGCAUCGAAGGGGCGCAAGAUGCGUUACACCGUACACGAAAAACUCCAAAAUUUCAUGGCUCCGGAGGACAAGAAUGCCUGGGGUGAACGGCAGAGGGAGGAGCUCUUUUCGAGUUUGUUUGGUCGCAAGGGUGGACUUGGUGAGGAUGAUGAGUCUGACCACACUGACGAUGAAGAUGUAAAUGCUGAGGAGGAAGGACUGACAUUAUUCCGAAGCUAAAUAACGGAAACUGGAUAUCAUUUGAUAAACUUGUUACUUGAAUGAGAAUCCUACGGAAAUGUCUCCAAAGAAGUGGUUAGUCUCAGACUACCACC